CUGUCUCAUAAAUUGUGUACAGUCGCGCCCACGGUUCACAUACUCGGUAGUAGGAUAAAGAUCAGUGGAAAUUGGUGAAUUUCUGCUUUAGAUUGUACAGAACGACCUCCACCCCAAUACUUGGAAUUAAGUUCAUAUUCAAACAUUCCAGCAUAUAUAUUUGAAUAUACCAAAAUGACUGAAUUUAUUAAAAUCUAUUUUAAAAUAUUUCAAAUGUAUUUUAUAUGUAUUGCAAGUAUCAAAUCCAGUAUUACGGGUUUUAUAAAUCACUUGCACGUUUUUCAAACACGCUCAAUUCAGCGGACUGACAUUCUGCGCUAUCCUGACAUCUUUUCUGUCCAUCUGUAAUCGCUGAAGAUCCAUUAAGGCUCUUUUUUUUGUGUACAACCGUCCUGGGAUGAACCAGGCUGCAAUAGUGAGAGUCAUUCAUUUUCUUCCAGGAUGAAUUUGGUCUUUUCAACCAGACUUGCCAAUAUUACAACUGAAAGGGACACAUUUUCUGCUUUAUGAAACUCUCAGUACUGUAUAGUCACCAGGGGGCACGCACGCGAUAUUGCACUUCAGGAAACCUUGCAACCCUCCAACAAUGCGCCCGUGCAGUAAUCCAGAUGCUGUCACGGAUUCGGGAUUUGCUCGGAUAUGAAUGCAUGUCCAGUGGAAGUGCGAGCGCACUGAGGAUCCUCGUAUUGCAGUUUUGUUGCAGGAGCGGGUUCCUGCUGCCCCCGUCUCUCCGGCGUUGUUGUGAACUGAUCUAACAUGGCGACUGCACCAGUGUAUUGCAUCUGCAGAUUACCUUACGACGUAACCCAGUUCAUGAUCGAAUGUGACGCCUGCAAAGACUGGUUUCAUGGCAGCUGCGUGGGCGUGGAUGAGGACGACGCGCCAGACAUCGACAUCUACCACUGCCCCAACUGCGAGAAGACGCACGGCAAAUCCACCCUGAAAAAGAAAAAAAACUGGAAUAAGCAGGACACGGGGCAGAGCGGCGACGUGAGACCCGUGCAGAACGGCAGCCAGGUGUUUAUUAAGGAGCUGCGCAGCCGGACCUUCCCCAGCUCGGAGGACGCGGUGGUCAAGCUCGUUGGGAGCCAGCUGACCUUGGACUACCUGGAGGAGCACGGCUUCGACGAGCCCAUCCUGGUGCUGAAGAAAGACGGGUUGGGCAUGACCAUGCCUGCGCCCACCUUCUACGUCAGCGAUGUGGAGAACUACGUGGGACCUGACGUUCUUGUGGAUGUUGUCGACGUCACCAAACAGACUGACAGCAAAAUGAAGCUAAAGGAAUUUGUGGAUUAUUAUUACAGCACGAACAGAAAGAAAGUAUUAAAUGUGAUCAACCUGGAGUUCUCAGACACAAGAAUGGCCAGCAUUGUGGAGAGCCCGCAGAUUGUAAGGAGGUUAUCAUGGGUGGAGAACUACUGGCCUGAUGAUGCACUGCUAGGGAAGCCCAAAGUCACCAAGUACUGUUUGAUCUGUGUCAAGGACAGCUACACAGACUUCCACACGGAGUGUGCCGGUGCCUCCGUUUGGUACCACGUCCUAAAGGGAGAGAAGAUCUUCUUCUUAAUCAAGCCCACCUCAGCCAACCUGUCACUCUACGAGCGCUGGAGGUCCUCCGCCAACCACUCCGAGAUGUUCUUCGCCGACCAAGUAGACAAGUGCUACAAGUGCAUCCUGAAGCAGGGCCAGACGCUGUUCAUUCCGUCAGGAUGGAUCAACGCCGUGUUGACGCCAGUGGACUGCCUGUCUUUCUCGGGCCACUUUGUUCACAGUCUGAGCGUGGACAUGCAAAUGCGGGCGUACGAGGUGGAAAAAAGACUCAAGGUUGCCAGCCUCACGCCGUUCUCCAACUUCGAGACUGCGUGCUGGUACGUGGGGAGGUACUACCUGGAGAGGCUGAAGGGUUUACACAAGGCAAACAAGCAAGCACCUUCUUACCUGGUACACGGUGCCAAAAUUAUCAAUGGAGCCUUCAGAUCAUGGACUAAAAAACAGGCGCUUCUGGAACACGAAGACGAGCUUCCAGAAAACAUGAAGCCGGCACAGCUCAUUAAAGACCUUGCCAAAGAGAUUCGGAACGCUGAGAACGCAACUAAAGCCAUAAAGAGUGAGCCAAGCAACUCCAAGCCCCCAGCGGAGGAGCCGCCAUCCGCCCCGUCGGAGCCAGAAGAGCCCAUGUCACCCAGCCGCAUGUCUGCUCCAGCUCCGGACAAACCGUCCAGAAAGAAAGCUCCCAAGCUCCCGAAACCCCCCAAGCCCCCAAAACCGCCUAAGCCACCAAAAAUUCCCAAGGCACCGAAACCCCCAAAAGUGCCAAAGGUGAAGGAGGGUGGGAAAAAGAAAGGGAAGAAGGUGAAGGAAGCAGGGCUGCCCGAAAAGAAGCCGUCCAGCCUCGGUGGCCUGGAGUCUCACGCGAAGGACAUCCUGACCAAGAUGGAGCCCAAAAAAGGGAAGGCUACGAAGGGUGUGGUGAGCUUCCUGGAGAAAGAGAUGAAUAAGCAGAAUGAUGAGGAGAAAUUUGAGAUUCGGGAACACAGUAAAAACAAAACUGAGGCAAAAUGGAAGUACAAGAACAGCAAACCAGAUUCAUUACUGAAAAUGGAAGAAGAGCACAAAUUUGAAAAACUGGGACAUAAAGACAAUAAAUUUUCCUUCUCAAUGUCAAACAAGAAAUUGCUGGGGGCGAAGACGCUGAAGUCACAGACCAACUCGGGUGUAUUUAGCUCCUUACAAAAUGUGAAGGAAGACAAAACCAAGCCAGUGCGAGACGAGUACGAAUACGUCUCGGACGAGGGGGAACUCAAAAUCGACGAGUUCCCCAUUAGGAGGAAAAAGACUGCAGUGAAGAGAGACUUCUCCUUUUUAUCCAACAUUAAGGAGCCCAUCCAGCCAUCAAAGAAGCCAAAAAUGCAGCCGUCGGUUAUUAAGAGUGCAGAUUCCUCGGAUAAUGAAUCACUCCACAUAGACACAGAGGCCAAGACUGAGGUCAAAGGUCGCAACUCCAAAGCCUCCAAGAAGAAAGGGGGCAGUGCAGCGGGGAUCCUGGACCUCCUGCAGGCCAGCAAGCAAGUGGGUGGCAUCGACUACAGCAACAACAGUGGCUCAAUGGAGGAGGUGGCAACACGCGUGGCAUCACGCCCUCUGGUGCGCGCGGCUGCGGUUCAGCCUGGGUGGGGCGUGGCCUGGCCUCUUUGGGAGGAAGGCGUCCCGGCGCUUGACAGUCAGCCACCUGCAUCCCCCAGCACGCAGGAGGCCAUCCAAGGCAUGCUGUCCAUGGCCAACCUGCAGGCCUCGGACACCUGCCUGCAGCCCGCAUGGAACAACAGCCAGGCCAAGAGCAACUCGCACGGCGGCUCGACCGGCAGGAAGCCGGCGGGAGGCGCCGGCAGCAGCAACGGCAAGCGCCCGGCCAAGCGGACCCCCAAGAAACCGCGGAAGAGCAGCAGCGUCGACAGCGUCGACAUGUUCGACGACGACCAGGACCAUUUGGACGCCUGCUUCAAGGACUCGGACUAUGUUUACCCCUCUCUGGAGUCGGAAGAGGACAACCCCAUUUUCAAAUCUCGAUCAAAGAAGCGGAAAAGCUCGGACGACACCCCGUACAGUCCGACAGCGCGCGUUGGCCCGUCCAUACCGCGACAGGAGCGGCCAGCACGUGAAGGGGCACGGGUGGCUUCGAUAGAAACGGGGCUGGCGGCCGCCGCAGCCAAACUGUCUCACCAGGAGGAGCAGCAGAAGACCAAGAAGAAAAAGAAGAGUGUUAGAAAGAAGCUAGUGGUUGUGGAAGAGCCCCCUAAACACUCUCAGGACAGCAGUUCCCCAGAGCCAACCCCUGACCCAGAGAGCAACGCGGCUGACCACGAAUACAGCAGUGGAGUAGGCAAGCCAGUGGGCGGCCCCCAGCCCAUGGCCCCAGGAGUUUUCCUCAACCAGAGGCACCCAUCUACGUCAUCUCCCAACAACACCUCAUCCCUGCCAGCAAAAGUGGAGCGCGGGAACUCCGCAGACGCCAAAGCCAAGCGGCUAAAGAAAGGCAUGGCCACGGCCAAACAGAGACUCGGAAAAAUCUUAAAGAUCCAUCGGAAUGGGAAGCUCCUGCUGUAAUGGGGAGGAGGGGGCAGAGAGGUCACGUUUUCUCCUGAUGUUCUUAUGGACCCCGUGGACUAGCCAAAAGCGAAGGAGGUGGGCAACAAGAACUGAAAGAACAGAAAAAAAAAACAGAAAGGGAACGCAAGCGGAAUCACGCAACUUUUUCGAUUUCUAAGAAGAACAUAGCUCAAAUAGGUUUUUGCCUCGACUUACACUUUAUAACUUUCAGAUAUUAAAAAAUGUACAGAAUACCUGCUAUUAAUAUUUUGUAAGAAGAAUUUGUCUCGUUUUACUACAACUGUCAGUUUAUCAGGGGUUGCUAAGAUAUUAUGAAAUUCAUAGCAGUCAUUCCAAGAUAAAGAAAGUAUCCCUUGCAUGUAUUCAGUCGCAUGCAUGCAUUGGUAGAGGGCGCUGGGACAGCGGGUGGAAAUCCAGGAAUAUCAUUCCUGAUCUUUGGAUGUGGCUUAUCAUUGUCUUUUGAUGUUCAACAGGUAUUACUGGAGACGGUUUCUUUUGAAAUUUUCACAAUGAGUGCCCCACAUAAGUCCGAUACCCCACAUUAAUGCUCCUUGAGACAAAAAGGAGCUUUCGUAAGCGUUUCUUUCAUGGAGCAAGUUACUUUUGUUUGCUAAGCACUAUCACUGAUAAUAUUUAUUGACCUAUAUAAUUGUAUGUCAUAGGUAGUGUGAAGAAUGCCUGAAGGCACUUAAAGACAUCAAGGAAGCACAAAAAAUUAAGUGAUAUUGUGAGUAGUUUCCAAUGUUUUUGUACCAGCUACUGUGAACCACAAAGUGUAGCGCUUCAUUUGAUAUUCGGUUUCACUGUUAUUUCGAUUUUUGUUUUUAAGACAAUAGGAUUCGUUUGUAUGUUUUCUUGGAAUCAAAUGUCCACACCACUUUAUGACAAGUCAUUACAUGUGUAUCAUGAGUGAAAA